AAGAGGAGGUGCCACCCUGGAUCCACCUUCUAUAAAAGGAAAAGUCGUUAACCCCUCCUGCCUUGUCAUCUGCCGCCUCCCUAUGUUCAUUCCAAGCAGGAUCAUCCUACCUUUGGGCAGUCAAAUCCCUGAUCACUGUCUCCUUGCCUCCCCCAUUGUUCUGCCUUUUUUACUCUUCCCAGCUGUUCAGUUCUAUCCUGAGCCAUGUCAAGCUACCUCUUUUCUUUGUUCUUCCCUCUUGAUGCCUCCUUACCUGUUCCCUACCCUCUUUUCUCAGGCAGCUCACUCAGUCCCCUCAGCCCGGAAACCAGCCGCUAGGGCCAAAGGGCAGCAUGAGGGAGCCUUGAGAAAAGAGAAGCCCUGGUAGGUUAGACUAUAAGAGCAGGAAUUCUCCCAGGAUCGUGAUCCUAUCUGUGCGUGCCGGCCAGGCCCUUUCCCUCACUCUCUGCCUCUCCUGGGGCUCUGUCCCACCAAAAAGGGAAAGAGACAGCUGAGGGCUGAUUGUGGGGUUUGGGAAAAGGCUAUGUCAUCAGCUGGCCCAGUGCCUAUUAUCCAUUCGGCUGCUAGAGAUUCCCCUCCCCUGGGCAAGUCCCAUUUUUUUGGGAAGCAAUGAUACACCCAUCUGAGUCCCACCGACAGAGCUCAGCUGAGUGGCUUAGAGAUCAGCCAAUCAAUUGCAGAGGCUCACCAUGCUUAAAAGAGCUGGCGCGGAGAGAGGCUGGGGAGAACCCACAGGGAGACCCACAGACACAUAUGCACGAGAGAGACAGAGGAGGAAAGAGACAGAGACAAAGGCACAGCGGAAGAAGGCAGAGACAGGGCAGACACAGAAGCGGCCCAGACAGAGUCCUACAGAGGGAGAGGCCAGAGAAGCUGCAGAAGACACAGGCAGGGAGAGACAGAGAUCCAGGAAAGGAGGGCUCAGGAGGAGAGUUUGGAGAAGCCAGACCCCUGGGCAUCUCUCCCAAGCCCAAGGACUAAGUUUUCUCCAUUUCCUUUAACGGUCCCCAGCCCUUCUGAAAACUUUGCCUCUGACCUUGGCAAGAGUCCAAGCCCCCAGGCUACAGAGAGGAGCUUUCCAAAGCUAGGGUGUGGAGGACUUGGUGCCCCAGACGGCCUCAGUCCCUCCCAGCUGCAGUACCAGUGCCAUGUCCCAGACAGGCUCACAUCCCGGGAGGGGCUUGGCGGGGCGCUGGCUGUGGGGAGCCCAACCCUGCCUCCUGCUCCCCAUUGUGCCGCUCUCCUGGCUGGUGUGGCUGCUUCUGCUACUGCUGGCCUCUCUCCUGCCCUCAGCCCGGCUAGCCAGCCCCCUCCCCCGGGAGGAGGAGAUCGUGUUUCCAGAGAAGCUCAACGGCAGCGUCCUGCCUGGCUCGGGCGCCCCUGCCAGGCUGCUGUGCCGCUUGCAGGCCUUUGGGGAGACGCUGCUACUAGAGCUGGAGCAGGACUCCGGUGUGCAGGUCGAGGGGCUGACAGUGCAGUACCUGGGCCAGGCGCCUGAGCUGCUGGGUGGAGCAGAGCCUGGCACCUACCUGACUGGCACCAUCAAUGGAGAUCCGGAGUCAGUGGCAUCUCUGCACUGGGAUGGGGGAGCCCUGUUAGGCGUGUUACAGUAUCGGGGGGCUGAACUCCACCUCCAGCCCCUGGAGGGAGGCACCCCUAACUCCGCUGGGGGACCUGGGGCUCACAUCCUACGCCGGAAGAGUCCUGCCAGCGGUCAAGGUCCCAUGUGCAACGUCAAGGCUCCUCUUGGAAGCCCCAGACCCAGACCCCGAAGAGCCAAGCGCUUUGCUUCACUGAGUAGAUUUGUGGAGACACUGGUGGUGGCAGAUGACAAGAUGGCCGCAUUCCACGGUGCAGGGCUAAAGCGCUACCUGCUAACAGUGAUGGCAGCAGCAGCCAAGGCCUUCAAGCACCCAAGCAUCCGCAAUCCUGUCAGCUUGGUGGUGACUCGGCUAGUGAUCCUGGGGUCAGGCGAGGAGGGGCCCCAAGUGGGGCCCAGUGCUGCCCAGACCCUGCGCAGCUUCUGUGCCUGGCAGCGGGGCCUCAACACCCCUGAGGACUCGGACCCUGACCACUUUGACACAGCCAUUCUGUUUACCCGUCAGGACCUGUGUGGAGUCUCCACUUGCGACACACUGGGUAUGGCUGAUGUGGGCACCGUGUGCGACCCGGCUCGGAGCUGUGCUAUUGUGGAGGAUGAUGGGCUCCAAUCAGCCUUCACUGCUGCUCAUGAACUGGGUCAUGUCUUCAACAUGCUCCAUGACAACUCCAAGCCAUGCAUCAGUUUGAAUGGGCCUUUGAGCACCUCUCGCCAUGUCAUGGCCCCUGUGAUGGCUCAUGUGGAUCCUGAGGAGCCCUGGUCCCCCUGCAGUGCCCGCUUCAUCACUGACUUCCUGGACAAUGGCUAUGGGCACUGUCUCUUAGACAAACCAGAGGCUCCACUGCAUCUGCCUGUGACUUUCCCUGGCAAGGACUAUGAUGCUGACCGCCAGUGCCAGCUGACCUUCGGGCCCGACUCACGCCAUUGUCCACAGCUGCCGCCGCCCUGUGCUGCCCUCUGGUGUUCUGGCCACCUCAAUGGCCAUGCCAUGUGCCAGACCAAACACUCGCCCUGGGCCGAUGGCACGCCCUGCGGGCCUGCACAGGCCUGCAUGGGUGGUCGCUGCCUCCACAUGGACCAGCUCCAGGACUUCAAUAUUCCACAGGCUGGUGGCUGGGGUCCCUGGGGACCAUGGGGCGACUGCUCUCGGACCUGUGGGGGUGGUGUCCAGUUCUCCUCCCGAGACUGCACGAGGCCUGUCCCCCGGAAUGGUGGCAAGUACUGUGAGGGCCGCCGUACCCGCUUCCGCUCCUGCAACACUGAGGACUGCCCAACUGGCUCAGCCCUGACCUUCCGCGAGGAGCAGUGUGCUGCCUACAACCACCGCACCGACCUCUUCAAGAGCUUCCCAGGGCCCAUGGACUGGGUUCCUCGCUACACAGGCGUGGCCCCCCAGGACCAGUGCAAACUCACCUGCCAGGCCCAGGCACUGGGCUACUACUAUGUGUUGGAGCCACGGGUGGUAGAUGGGACCCCCUGUUCCCCGGACAGCUCCUCGGUCUGUGUCCAGGGUCGGUGCAUCCAUGCUGGCUGUGACCGCAUCAUUGGCUCCAAGAAGAAGUUUGACAAGUGCAUGGUGUGCGGAGGGGACGGUUCUGGCUGCAGCAAGCAGUCAGGCUCCUUCAGGAAAUUCAGGUACGGAUACAACAAUGUGGUCACUAUCCCCGCGGGGGCCACCCACAUUCUUGUCCGGCAGCAGGGAAACCCUGGCCACCGGAGCAUCUACUUGGCCCUGAAGCUGCCAGAUGGCUCCUAUGCCCUCAAUGGUGAAUAUACGCUGAUGCCCUCCCCCACAGAUGUGGUACUGCCUGGGGCAGUCAGCUUGCGCUACAGCGGGGCCACUGCAGCCUCAGAGACACUGUCAGGCCACGGGCCACUGGCCCAGCCUUUGACACUGCAAGUCCUAGUGGCUGGCAACCCCCAGGACGCACGCCUCCGAUACAGCUUCUUUGUGCCCCGGCCGACCCCUUCAACGCCACGCCCCACUCCCCAGGACUGGCUGCACCGAAGAGCACAGAUUCUGGAGAUCCUUCGGCGGCGCCCCUGGGCGGGCAGGAAAUAACCUCACUAUCCCGGCUGCCCUUUCUGGGCACCGGGGCCUCGGACUCAGCCGGGAGAAAGAGAGAGCUUCUGUUGCUGCCUCAUGCUAAGACUCAGUGGGGAGGGGCUGUGGGCGUGAGACCUGCCCCUCCUCUCUGCCCUAAUGCGCAGGCUGGCCCUGCCCUGGUUUCCUGCCCUGGGAGGCAGUGACGGGUUAGUGGAUGGAAGGGGCUGACAGACAGCCCUCCAUCUAAACUGCCCCCUCUGCCCUGCGGGUCACAGGAGGGAGGGGGAAGGCAGGGUGGGCCUGGGCCCCAGUUGUAUUUAUUUAGUAUUUAUUCACUUUUAUUUAGCACCAGGGAAGGGGACAAGGACUAUGGUCCUGGGGAACCUGACCCCUGACCCCUUAUAGCCCUCACCCUGGGGCUAGGAAAUCCAGGGUGGUGGUGAUAGGUAUAAGUGGUGUGUGUGUGUGUGUGUGUGUGAAAUUGUGUGUGUGCUUAUGCAUGAGGUACAACCUGUUCUGCUUUCCUCUUCCUGAAUUUUAUUUUUUUGGAAAAGAAAAGUCAAGGGUAAGGUGGGCCUUCAAGGAGUGAGAGAUUAUCUUUUUUUUUCUUUCUUUCUUUUUUUUUGAGACAGAAUCUCUCUCUGUCGCCCAGGCUGGAGUGCAAUGGCACAAUCUCGGCUCACUGCAUCCUCCGCCUCCCGGGUUCAAGUGAUUCUCAUGCCUCAGCCUCCUGAGUAGCUGGGAUUAUAGGCUCCCGCCACCACACCCGGCUAAUUUUUGUUUUGUUUUGUUUUGUUUUGUUUGGAGACAGAGUCUCGCUAUUGUCACCAGGGCUGGAAUGAUUUCAGCUCACUGCAACCUCCACCACCUGGGUUCCAGCAAUUCUCCUGCCUCAGCCUCCCGAGUAGCUGAGAUUACAGGCACCUACCACCAUGCCUGGCUAAUUUUUGUAUUUUUAGUAGAGAUGGGGUUUCACCAUGUUGGCCAGGCUGGUCUCGAACUCCUGACCUCAGGUGAUCCACCCGCCUUCGUCUCCCAAAGUGCUGGGAUUACAGGCAUGAGCCACCGCGCCUGGCCACGCCCAGCUAAUUUUUGUAUUUUUAAUAGAGACAGGGUUUCGCCAUGUUGGUCAGGCUGCUCUUGAACUCCUGACCUCAGGUAAUCCACCUGCCUCGGCCUCCCAAAGUGCUGGGAUUACAGGUGUGAGCCACCACGCCCGGUACAUAUUUUCUAAAUUGAAUUCUGCUAUUUAUGUGAUCCUUUUGGAGUCAGACAGAUGUAGUUGCAUCCUAACUCCAUGUCUCCGAGCAUUAGAUUUCUCAUUUGCCAAUAAUAAUACCUCCCUUAGAAGUUUGUUGUGAGGAUUAAAUAAUGUAAAUAAAGAACUAGCAUAAUGCUCAGCAUCUAGUAAGUGCUCAACAAA